AUGCAGUUCAGUCAAUGCCACUUCAUUUGUCGUAAGAGUGAGGAACCUUGUCCUCAGAGUGAGGAACCUUGUCGUCAGAGUGAGGAACCUUCUCCUCAGUUGGAGGAACUUUGUCCUCAGAGUGAGGAACCUUGUCCUCAGAGUGAGGAACCUUGUCCUCAGAGUGAGAAACCUUGUCCCCAGAGUGAGCAACCUUGCCCACAGGGUGAGGAACCUUGUCCUCAGAGUGAGGAACCUUGUCCUCAGUGUGAGGAACCAUGUCCUCAGAGUGAAGAACCUUGUCCUCAGAGUGAGGAACCUGCCUUCAGAGUGAGGAACCUUGUCCUCAGAGUGAGGAAACUUGUCUUCAGAGUGAGGAAACUUGUCUUCAGAGUGAGGAACAUUCCUUCAGAGUGAGGAACCUUGUCCUCAUUCUGAGGAACCUGAUGUCAGAGUGAGGAACCUUGUCCUCAGAGUGAUGAACAUUGUCCUCAGAGUGAGGAACAUUGUCCUCAGAGUGAGGAACUUUGUCCUAAGAGUGAGGAACCUUGUUCUCAGAGAGGGGAACAUUGUCCUCAGAGUGAGGAACCUUGUCCUCAGAGUGAGGAACCUUGUCCUCAGAGUGGGGAACCUUGUCCUCAGUGUGAGGAAACUUGUUUUCAGAGUGAGAAAACUUGUCUUCAGAGUGAGGAACCUUGUCCCCAGAGUGAGGAAACUUGUCUUCAGAGUGAGGAAACUUGUCUUCAGAGUGAGGAACCUUCCUUCAGAGUGAGGAACCUUGUCCUCAUUCUGAGGAACCUGAUGUCAGAGUGAGGAACCUUGUCCUCAGAGUGAUGAAUCUUGUCCUCAGAGUGAGGAACAUUGUCCUCAGAGUGAGGAACUUUGUCCUAAGAGUGAGGAACCUUGUUCUCAGAGAGGGGAACCUUGUCCUCAGAGUGAGGAACCUUCUCCUUGGAGUAAGGAACCUUGUCCUCAGAGUGAGGAACCUUGUCCUCAGUGUGAGGAUCCUACCUUCAGAGUGUGGAACCUUGUCCUCAGAGUCAGGAACCUUGUCCUCAGAGUGAGGAACCUUGUCCUCAGUGUGAGGAACCAUGUCCUCAGAGUGAAGAACCUUGUCCUCAGAGUGAGGAACCUGCGUUCAGAGUGA